AUGUGCCCGAUCUUAGCGGACAGCGAGAGGCGUUUUUCCUGUAUUCGUCUGAGCCCUUCGGAAUUGGCGUUGGCUGCGCAACACGAACUCGUAGGCAACGGUCCAAAAGCUCUCUUACCACAUUGCUCGGCCCUUUCGUCGUCAUCCAAUAACUGCAUUGGCGUUCUUGAUGCUCCCACCCCUGUUGUAAAUGCCAAUCAAGUCGGAGAUUCCACGCGGUCACUUACCACUGGAAAGCACUAUGAGGGUGCCGUCUCGACAACAAUGACAGGAAAGACGUGCAUGAAUUGGAAUGAUGCUCCUUCAAGGGAAUACAACGUCGCCAGGUAUCCAGAGCUGCCCUACGCCAAAAAUUACUGCAGGAACCCCGGAGGGAAGAAGACGAAGCCUUGGUACUAUUCGUAA